GGUCACGAGGGCAGGCGUGGCGGCGCCGGCGCCGUCAGCCGCUGCUCUCGCCCCGCCGGGUCAGCACCAGGAACAGCUCCGCAGCCCCCUCAGCGAGGCGGGGCGGGGCUCUCCGGCUCCACCCCCCUUCCGGGGGGCGGGGCGAUGGGAAGGGGGCGGUGCUUUUCGGUUGCCCGGGUAACGGGGGUACAACGGCCGGUGGCGGCAGGGUGCGCGCGGUGGCCGUUGCGCCCACCCUCUGCCCCCUCCUCACGCACCUCAGUCCUAGAUGAUAUAUGGCUUCACCAGAGGAAAAACAAGCUCAGCCCUUUGCGCACAUCUUCAACGAAGAUGAAGCUGAAAAAUCCUUUCUGUUGUCCAAGCCCACUUGUUUAGUUAUCCUUGGAAAGCCAGGUUCUGGAAAGAAAACAUUGGCUAGAAAGCUAGCACAAAUAUGGAAAUGCAUUUUCAUAGAAGCUUUGGAAGUAAUCCAAACAAAUAUUCAAGAAGAAACAGAAUAUGGGCUUAAGUGUCAAGAGUUGCUUUUUAAAGGUCAAAGUAUUUCUGAAGAACUGGUUACAGAAAUGAUUCUGAAAAAGAUUGAGUCACCAGAAGUUACUCAUUUUGGUUAUGUUCUCAGUGGAUUUCCUUCUCUCUCAGAGGAGUACAUGACUGUUUCACAGCAAGUAGAGAAAAUAAAGAAUCUAAAAUUAAAACCGGAUUUCCUGAUUAACAUUAAGUGUUCAGAUUAUGACUUAUGCCAAAGAAUAUCAGGACAAAGGCAACACCCUGAUUCGGGGCAGGUGUAUCAGAGGAACCAGUGGGAUCCUAACAUUAUUGAAAAGCAUAAGAAGAAGAAAGAUCAGCAGGAAGAAGAUAAUGAAGAAGAAGAAGAUGAAGAGCUGGAAGAAGAACAGACAGCAGAAGAUCCACUUAAGAAGGCAGAAUUUUUGCAUCAGUUAGUGCAGAGGCCUGAGGAUUUUCUUGAAAAUGCAGAGAAAAGAGUUGGAAUGUAUAAGGAUAUCAUGCUUCAUCCUUUAGAAGUCUUGAUGGCUGAACAGGAUUGUGAGCGUCUUAUUGAAGUGGAUGGAAAUCAGCAACCAGAUGAUCUCUUAGUAUCAGUGGCAGUUCGACUUCAAUCUCUGGGUGUUCAAAUGGGAGCUCCUAUAACCAGACUUCAAAGUGAUCAAGAAGAAACGCUGGAGGGACUGGAAAAUGAUGAACUUUUCCGGGUUCUGUCAUCUUACCAACUAAUAGCACGCAGGUAUCGAUGGCGUAGAAGCAGGUGGGGGAAAGCAUGUCCUGUGGCUCUAAAGAAAGGUGAUAUUGUAAUGGGAAAUCCAGACUUAGCUGUCAGUUUUCUAGAUAAAAUGUACAUAUUGUCAUCCCCAGCGGCAUUAAAAGCAUUUAUGUCGAAUCCACGGCCUUACUUGUUACCACCAAUGCCACUUCCUCCUUGUAAAGUAUUAGUAUUUGGUCCUCCAUUCUCCGGAAGAACAACUAUUUGUAACCUAAUUGCACGCAAAUACAAAGGAAAGGUUCUUGAUGUGGCCAAACUCAUUCAACCCCAUCUGGAAAAAGCAAGAGAAGAAAACUUGGAGCAAGUGCGAAGGGAUACAAUAGAAAAGGCUAUAACAGCAGUGAAAAACAGGAUGGAAGAACAGUCAACAGAAUUAGGAAUGGCAGAGAUAACUGCUGACCACCCGGAAGUUCAAGCGAUGGUAGAAGCCACAAGAAGUGCAUCAGUCUCCGAAGUUACACUGCCACCUGAAAUAUAUGCUGAAGUACUGGAGAGAGCUAUUGCAGAGCUUAUCAAGAAUAACAAAGACAGGUUUCCUGGUGCUCCAGAAAAAGGAGGAUGGGUAGUGGAUAACUACCCUCUGUCAGUAGAUCACUGGUCAGCUUUAUCAGGAAAAGGACUUGUACCUGACACUGUUGUCUGUCUGAAGGAUACAAAAAAAACCGGAGUCUGUAUAAUAAGCAGAACAUACUCAGCAAAUAGGGAUGAAAUUAAUCCUAAGAUUUUGAAAAGACUAACAGAUGAAGCAUUAGAAAAGAAAAAUAUAGAAGAAGAAAGAAGAGAAAUGCAAGAAAAACCGGUAUCAGAGGAAGAACAAUCUCUAGGGGCUGCUCUGGAGAAAGGUGAAAAAAUCAUACUACCUGAGUUUACAGAGGAUGAUUUUCUAGAUAUGCCAGAAAUGGAAACAGUUAGAAAGAAGAUUGACCUUUUCGUGAAUGACUGGAAAACGGUGGAGUCAGAAAUCAAGCAGUCAUCUGUAGUUCAGGUUGCUGGUUUAGAAAUUGCUGAGCAAACUCCAGAAAGUCUGCUUAAUCAAACUGUGCUGGUUAUGGAAAAACCUUUUAAAUAUCAUGGUUGGGAAUUAUCUGCUGAAGACUUAGAUGAGGAGGCAGAAGAUCUGGCUGCAGAAAGUGAAGAUGAAGAAGUUGAAGAAGAGGAGAAUGAGAAUGAAGAAGAUGAAGAACAAAUUAAGGAAAAGAAAAGGCACAUGGGAGACACAAAACACUUUUGUCCAGUCAGUCUGAAAGAGAACUUUGUUCUUCACCCAGGACUCUAUGAUCAUGCAGCUAAAUAUCAAGAAAAGAUUUAUUACUUUUCAACUCCAGAGUACAGAGAUAAAUUUUUGAAGAACCCUGAGGAAUAUGUGGCUCACAAUGAACCAAUACAAGCUCCUCCAUUACGAGUGUGCUUAAUUGGGGCUCAUGGAGCAGGUAAAACUAUUUGUGCACGACAGGUAGCAGACAAGUUAGGCAUUUUCCAUAUUCAGUUUGAAGAAUAUCUACAGGAAUUGAUCCUACCCAAAACUAAAGAGAAAGUUGGACCCCAUUUUGAUGAAGAACCUGAAGAAGAUGACAAUAAAAUACUAAUGCUAUCACAGGAACUGGAGGACUCUCAGGCCAUGUCUAAAAUUGAAAAGACUGAAAAAAGCAAACAGGAAGUGACGUUAACCCCUGAGGAAGAGGCAAUCAAAGCAAAUCUGAUGGAUAAAGACCCACUGCCUCCAGACGUUCUUGAUAAGAUUGUUCUUGACUGGUGGAAAAAAGAGCCAUUCCGGUCCACGGGAUUUAUACUGGAUGGAUUCCCUCGUACUUCAGAUGAAGCUCAGUAUUUGUCAGAACAAGGACUUUGUCCUGAUGUUGCAGUUUAUAUUAAAGUAGAAGAGAGUGAUGUUCUUGACCGCCUUUUUCCUCCACGUCUGCAGAAAUGGAAAGAAAGACAGCAUAAAAGAAUGGAAAAUAGAAAGAAACUGAAAGACCUGAAAGCAAAAAUAAGGGAUAAGAAGAUUGCUAGAAGAAGGGAAGAACUUCUAGCAGAACAAAAACAAAAGAAAGAGGAGGCUUUAGCAAAUAAGGAGCAUUACGAAGCCACAGAGGAAACUGAAGAUAUUGAAGCUAUACUUGAAGGAGAGUUUAUAGAAGAAGAAGAAGAAGAAGAAGAAGAAGAGGCUGAAGAAGAACUGGAGAUUGAUGCUGUUGACCGCAUACAAAAUGAAAUUACAGAAAAGUUUUAUUCAGACAUGGAUGGUUUACAAGGUGUACAGGAGGAACUUGAAAAAUGGUUAAUACCACUAAUUGAGAUCGAUGGAGGACGGAAGCCUCGCAUUGUACACUACCAAAUAUACAGCAAGCUGAAUUCUCUAAUGGAAAAUCGUGGAAGCAUUUUUGAGAAAUGCUACCCAAUAAGUUUGCCCCUUGCACAGAAGAUGCUAGUUUUCUCAUAUAAAUUUCCAAGUUCUUUUGGUCAGUGGGAUCCAAUCAAGCUAAGUGAAGGAGAUGUAAUGAAGCCACCACAAAGCUAUGGAAACGAAGUCUUUCCUGUAAUCCAUCGACAAUAUAUUUAUUUCUUUUCAAGUAAAGAAAAUAGAGAAACAUUUAUGAAAAAUCCUAUCAAAUAUAUUUGUCAGCCAAAACCUAAACCACCUGUGCCAGUUAAGAUUGCAAUUGUGGGACCUCCAAAAUCUGGAAAGACUACAGUUGCCAAGAAAUUUGCAAGUGUAUAUGGGUUACUGCGUCUGAGUAUAGGAGAUGCCAUGCGGCUUGUGUUAAACAAUCAGCCUGAGAGUCAGCUGGCACUUAUGUUAAACCGGCACCUUCACAAAGGACUGACUGUACCUGAUGCACUAGCUAUCCAGGCUCUAGAUGUGGCUUUGAUGAACCACGUGUGUAAUACUGCUGGAGUUGUAAUAGAUGGAUACCCUGUAACAACAAACCAAGUAAAACUGUUGGAAUCAGCUAGGAUAAUUCCAAUGAAGAUCUUUGAAUUAGAAAUGGAUACAAAGGAAGUGUUCAGAAGAGCACUGUCGGAUAAGGAAAGCAUGAAUAGGCCUCCCUACCCUGAACAUGACAGCUCACAGAUUCUAGCUAUUAAAAAAUCCUGCUAUGAACAGCACAUUAAUGCAAUCAGGACUUACUAUAAGAAGGAGCAUCAGAACUGGUGUGUGAUUGAUGCUUUUCGGAGCAAGUGGUGGGUCUGGAACAAACUACUGCAGGAAGUUCAAGUGGUUAUUAAAGAAAUCCAGAUAUACCUGGAAAGAGUAAGAGAAGGCAAAGCAGCCAGCAUUGCUGAAUUAUGUAUCACUCCUGAAGAGCUGCAGCAUCGGCUGGGGGAGUUUGGACAGUACUGUCCCGUCAGCCUUGCAGAAAAGGGAGAACUGGUCGACUGCUCUGUAACAUCAUCAUUGCAGUUUGCUGCAGAAUUUCGAGGACGUUAUUACAAAAUGGCUUCACAGGAAGAACUGGACAAAUUCUUGAGCAGACCAGAGGUUUAUGUGUCACCACUGGCACCUCACCCUCUCCCACCCUCAGAUAUGCUACCAAAGAAACUGACUGCAGCAGAAGUGAAGGCCUCAUUCCCUGUAAGUGCUCAAAUGCACGGAUGCUGUCCAGUCACUUACCUGGAUGGAAAACAGAGAUAUGAAGCUUUGGUGCCUGGCAACAUUGAGUACUCAGCAAAAUAUAAAGAGAAGAUAUAUGUUUUUGAAAGUGAAGAAAAACUUCUGAAGUUUAUGAGGUUACCAGAGAAGUACUGGAAUCUGAAGCUUCCACGUAAACUCCCUCCAGUAAAGGAACCAAUACUACUCACUGCACUUCCUUUGACUGGAUACCUUGAACAGGGAGUAGCAACUUCUCUAAUAAAAGCUCUUAAUGAAGUAGGCUGCUUAAAGCCAAAGUUUCCAUUCCUAAGUGUAAAAAAAACUGCUCUGCUGUUUGUCGCCUGCCAUUUAAAAGCGCACAACCCGCGGAGCCCGGAGCCGACGCGUCAGGCCUACCGGAGGAAGCUGGCACAGUUCGUGAAGCACUGCCAGCUCGUGCCCUACCUGGGGGCCGCCAUGGCAGGGCCCUACCGGGAGCCGCAGCACCGGCCCCUCGGCCUCGACGGCAGCCUGCAGACCUUCCUGUCCCUGAGAGAUGCCCGCCCCGGCUUCGCAUAGCGCGGGCUGCGCCCUCACCCCGCACACCCACACCCUUCCCGGAACGCAGGGACGCUGCAACACGGCCAGCGAGCGAAGCCACGCUUCCCAGGAGCGGCCC